AUGUUAUUCUCUCUUAUCCCUCAGGUUGAGGAUACUGUGAAUCUGGUAAAGAGAAUAGAAAAAACUGGUAUUGCUGCCAUUGCAGUGCAUGGAAGGAAGAAGGAGGAGAGGCCUCAGCACCCUGUCCACUGUGAUGUGAUCAAAGCCAUAUCUGAAGCAGUCUCCAUUCCAGUAAUAGCAAAUGGAGGAUCUCAUGACUUCAUCAAAGAAUAUACAGACAUUGAGACCUUCCAGAAAGCAACAGCUGCCUCAUCAGUAAUGAUAGCUCGUGCUGCCAUGUGGAACCCUUCUAUCUUCAGAAAAGAGGGUCUUUUCUCCUUGAAGGAAGUCAUGCAAGAUUACAUCAAAUACGCAGUGAGAUAUGAUAAUCACUAUACCAACACAAAAUACUGUUUGUGUCAGAUGUUAAGAGAACAGCUGGAAACUACUGAGGGUAAGAAGCUGCAUGCUGCGCAGUCCACACAGGAGAUCUGUGAAGUCUUUGAAAUGGCUGACUUCUAUGAAGAAACAACAGCUGUUUUCAAAGCAAAGAAAACAUCUUUAGAAACUGAGACACAAGAUGAAGAUGACCAAAUGGAAGAUCCAGAUGUAAUAAAAAUGGCUGUUAGAUUUGACAAGCGAGAAUAUCCACCACAGAUUACUCCAAAAAUGUAUCUUCUGGAAUGGUGCAGGAAAGAAAAGCAUCCUCAGCCUGUUUACGAAACUGUUCAAAGACCACUGGAUAGAUUAUUCUGUUCAGUAGUGACAGUAGCUGCGCAAAAAUACAGAUCAACUCUGUGGGACAAGUCAAAGAAACUAGCAGAACAGGCUGCAGCUAUUGUCUGUCUGAGAACAUUGGGUGUCCCUGAGGGAAAGCUGUGUGAGGGAGAAAAUCACCUGAUUAACAAACGCAAGAGGGAAGACCAGGAGCGCUUGAAUAACAGAGACCAUGGAGAAGAUCUUGCUGAGCCUUCCCAUAAAAAAGCUAGUUUUAUUGAAGAAACUUCUGACACGAAUGUGCCUAAGAUGUCACUAUAGCAUGGAAAUUAGAGGUUUCACGCCUAUGCAGUUACAAAUUAGCUCCUAUUUGUAUAUCUUGCUGUUCACGUUUCAUUUGGAUUCUCAGAGACAGAUAAAUUCCCCAGUUGUGAAAAAUGCCAAUGAGAUGUUUACUGUUUGCCACUCGCUAUCCCUAUGGUGCCUUUCAGACAGGAAAAAUUAGCAACUUGAUUUUAAAGAACACUGAGAAGAUUAUCCCAAAUAAUAAAAUUUUUAAAAAUAUCAGAUAUUUUCACAGCAA